UCACUCCCCUCCCUCUCUCUCUCUCCUCCAAUCCGGUUUACUGAUAAGUUGAGUUAACUAACGGGCUUGAGGGAGGGUUAUUCGCCCCUUCAAGUACGGUACAUAUUCUGGGUGUAGUAUGUAGUUGUCUGGUAGAUUGCAAAUUCCUGCCCGUUACCGGGGAGAGAUCGUGAUCCAGACUGGUAUGCAUGUAUGUAUGUAUGUAUGUAUGUAUGUAUGUACUGCUGUGUUAGGAUUGAGUGUAGCAGUAGUAAUUAGCAGUGACAGCAGGAGCGCAAAUGGAUGGGUCGAUUCAGACGCGUGGCAAAUUCAACAACGCGACUCUGUCUCCAGGUGUACAGUGUACGCACACAUAUUACUACUGAGUAAGGUAGUUAGUUGUGUGAUUGUUCAGCCCCAAGAGGGCUCGAGGUUCAGCCCAGUAAGAGUCGAUCCUGUCUGGUCUUCUGUUGUUGGGGGAGGGCCACCACCAGGCUAGACCGGACUCAAGUGAUCUGCCCCUGCCCUUUCCCAGCACUUCCGAGCUUGGAUCGCCAGUUCA